UACGAAAAAUAUUUUCUUUUUUCAAAAAACUCUAGUCUUAUUUAUUAUUUCAUAUCUCUCAUUCAUAAAAAUCGGCAUUGUGUGCGACCGAGAAAAGUGUUUUUUUUUUUGUUCUGUGAGUGGUGUUUCGAAACUUAUCCCAUUUGGAAAUAAUUUGCGGAAAUUUUUGCAUCAGAAUUCAUAAAAAGAGCAUUACGAGCAAGCGAAAAAAAAUUAUCGAGAAGAAGAAGAAGCAGUAGCAGCAUUAGUAGUAGCAGCAGCAGAAGGAGAAACUGCAAAAAAGAAAAAUUCAUUUUCCAAUACACAUUUGUAUGCUCAUUUCAAUAUGAAACAACAUGGAGACCUGUAUUAUGACAUCAAUUAAACCGAUCGAAUUUGUGAUUUUAGAACACUAAUAAGGCGCCAACAGCGACUAAAAAAUGAUAUGAAAAUGAAGUCGCUGUUUCUCGUUGAAUGACCAACAAAUAUUGAAACUCAAUCACAUACACACUAUACAGCACUUACACGUGUUUGUUCAACGCAGAAAGAAGAUAAACGAAUUUUUUUUUCGAGUGAAUUAAAAAGUUCAAACGAAACGAUAUUGGUUCAAAUCGGUUUCAAUUCUAAAUGAAACGUACGACCAUACAGCGCGUCACAUCUCAUUUGAUCAAGACGUGUGAAAGUGUUUGUAAGGCAACACAUACAAAGAAAUAUAUAUAGAGAAAACGAAUAGUUCGCGUGUUUUAGUACAUUUAGUUUAAGCAGCUACAAAUUAUUGCUUUUUUUUUGUAACAAUCAAACAAAGAAUACAAACACACCUAAACUAGCAAUUGAAGGCAAAAACGAAUCGAAAAUUGAUUUAAAAAAAAGUGCAUUAAAAAGUAUGCGUCAUAUAACACAGCGCUAAGGUCGAUUUAGAGUUUAAUGGAAAUUAAAUUAAAUUAUUUAUUGUGGCAGACACACUUUACGUUAGUGAAAACGAUAACGGAAACAAACAUAUUUAUUUGUACCGACUUUUAGCUAAAUGGAUGGAAAUGCUCAGAAUAUGUAUCACGGAAACCAUCAAGGAUAUGGAUAUGGUUCAUAUGCCCGACAUCGGAGCCCCCAUCCGAUGCAACAGCAGGCACAACCACCCCAGCAACAAGCACAGUAUCCUGCAUACCAAACUCCUACCGAUGGCAUGUACGGAAUGGCCGAUCAACAUGCAGUCAUGGGUGGUAUGGGUGACUUAAAUGCCUGGAAUAAUACACAGCCAACACCAUAUCCCGGUUAUAGUCAUAGUCAUGCAAAUGUUUCACAACCGCCGAGACAAACGCAGGCCCAAGCACCAACGGCAUAUCGGCAACAUAUGUCAUACCAACAGGAUCCACAGAAAAUGCAAUAUCCAUCGCAACAAGGCAUGAUGAGCGGCAUGAUUCAGCAGCAAAGCUAUCCGAAUCAACAGGCACAACAGCGUGUACCUCAGCAGCAUUAUGGACAAAGUGCGCAUCCAAUGUAUACAAAUCCCCCACAAACAACACAAAAUACACAAGGAUAUGCAAACUAUGGUCCAACUGCAGCGAUACCUCAUCAAACGGCACGAUCAGCGCAACACGUUGGUUAUGGCCACACACAAAUGGACCAAACAGCCUAUCAACACUAUCAGCAGCCACAAGGACAAAUGCCUAGCCAACAGAAUCACUUGAAUCCAAGUCACAUAUCAUCAAUGCCUACACAACAACAGCAACAGCAGCAACAACAACAACAGCAAUCACAGGUGCACGUGCCGAUGCCUCAAGCAAAUCAGCCGACGAAUCAACAAAGUUUAACGCCGAUGCAACAGCAACAAGCGCCCACACAACAGCCACAACAAAGUGCGCAUCCUGGUUAUUCGGGCAUGUUCUUCGAUGACGUUACUGCAAUGAGCCAUCAUACGGCACCAAAAGAAACGGUCAAAUCAACCGUUAAAGAUAGUCAGCAUAAUGUGGUGGUUGGUAAUACCGGCGCAAUGCAAAUGCCACAUCCUCAUCCGUAUGCCGUUCCACAACAGCAUACACAACAAACUGCCCCAACGCAACCAACGUACAAACAACCACAGGCAGCAAGUAGUCAAAUUCCAUCGAAUUCACAGUAUCGAGCGCCAUUCCCGCAAGUUUCGCCACAAAUGUCGCCGAGAUCUCAUCAGAUAUCGCCACAUCCACAAAUCUCACCCAGAUCGGGUGUUAUGUCGCCGGCGAAACCGAUGCAAUCACAAAAUGUAUCGAAUAAUCCAUUGUCACCGCAUGGUCAUUUGCCGGGCAGCGGGCCAAGUCCACAGCCCCGACAAAUGCAACAGCAAGCAUCAAAGAAUGCAGCUGCAACACAACAAUCCGCAUCAGUAUCAACAUUACAAGCUCUUGAGCAAAUGGUAAUGCCACCAUCGGUUGCGCCCGUACCGGUUAUGCAAAAUACAAACAUGGAUUAUGCAGCAUCAUAUCGUCCAUCGGCACAACAAAUGCAACAUACGGCCGCUGCAAAUCCAUUGUCACCGUUAACAUCAAUAUCAACAUCGCCACAACAUCAUCAACAAUGGCCGACAAUGAAUCGAAGUGCGAUGAGCAGUUUGAAUCAACAAACCGCGCAAAUGAACAUGAUGCCACAACAACAAAUGCCGAAUGUUUCGCAAAUGAAUGAAUUGAGCGCAAUGACCUCGAAUCGAGGACAAGCACAACAAAUCAGUGCACCACAAAGUCGAAUGAUGAGUGGCAUGGGUCAAAAUGACACCACAUUAACACAAAUGGAUCACUUUGUGCAACCCCCAAGCAUUGCAACCAGCAUCGAUCCAAUGAAUAGCACGCAAAGUUUGCCAAGCAUGAAUUCCACGUCUUCCGUGAUCAGUGCAAGCUCGAGUUUACUCGAUCCGUUUGCAAGUGUUGUUGACCCAAUUCCACCAGUGAUUGUAACACCCGUACUUUCACACAUGCAAUCAAGUGUUGAUACAAUGCAAACUACCGAAUCUCAUGCACCUCUGAUGGACAAAUCAAUGCCAUUAUCGAAUAGUAUGGGUGACAACUCGAAUAAUGCCACUUCACAAUUGAGUAUGCAAUCAUCGCAACAGCAGCAGCAGCAGCAGCAGCAACAACAACAACAACAAAUGUCAACAAUUAUGGCAGAGCCAGAGCCACAAAAGGAUACAACGGUUCAAGAACAAAAUGAUACACAUUUACCACGAAUUUCAGAGGCAUUCGAUACGCCAUUGAUGAAUAUCGGUGCUGAUCCAAUCAAAGCAAUGGAAACGGAUAUUUCCGUCGAUCCAACAACGGUGGUGAAUCGUUUGGAAGAGACAGCACUUCCAAAAUCUGAUGAUAGCCAUAGCCAAGAGGCAAUCAUAGCCAAUUUUGAAACGAGCAAACAAUCAAUGAUGAGCAACGAUUCAGCACAAGGUGAAUUGACGAACAACGGUUUAACGGAAACGAUGUCACAAAAUGAUAAUGCAUUACAACAAGCACCUGACGUCGAAAAAUCACAAAUUACCGAUGCAAUGGCCGUAUUUUCGAAUAAUUCAAAUACAAGUCUACCGAUUGAAGGUGUCAUUGGACAAGAUUCACAAUCACAAUCAAUGGCAUUCGAUCAAUCAUCGAAUCAUUCGCAAUAUUCAUUGCCACCGGGCAAUGGUCAAACUGUAUUGAGUGAUCCACAACAACAGCAGCAGCAACAAAUGCAAAAUCCAAAUGCCGGUUAUGUUCCACAUCCAGGAAUGAUGCAACAUGCCUAUCCACUGCCAAUGAGCCAUCAUACCGAAAAACAAAUGCUACAACAACAACUAUCGGAAUUGUAUUGCAUUCCACCAACGCCCGAAAUUCAUGAGAAAAUCAAGCGUCUUGAUGAUCGCCUCAAAUUGUUACAACAACACGAAACAAAUGAACAAUGUUUGGGUGGGCCACAAUGUGUUUUAUUAAAUCCAAUGAUGACACCGCCAAUGAUUGAAAGUCCACAAGUGUCAAGUACAACGGGACGUGGCCGAAGUCGAGGCGGAUCAAGUAAACCGCGUAAACCACGACAAAAGAAAUCGGAUAAACAACAAUCGCCUGGCGAUGGCAAUGUUGAUUCGGUCGAUAUAAAUUCAACGAUUAAAUCAACGGAUCAAUUGCCAGUAUCAGAAGACUGUGUAACACAAGGAGCUGGAUUGGCAGCCGAUGAUAUUAUUAACGAAAUGACUGAUGCACAUGAGGAAGGUUCACAAGAUGGCACUAACGAAUUGGAUACAUCGACAACGGUCGAUGGUAAAAAACCGAAAAAAAGUAAAUCACGCUCACGAAAAGAUUCAAAAGAGCCGAAAGAACGAAAGAAAAAGGAUCCAAGUGAGCCAAAGAAAAAAUCACGAAGCAAACGUGACAAAGGCGAACAAGAUGAACAAACCGAUCAAACGGAUGUCAAUGUUCCGAAUAUCGAAGCGGGCGAAUUGAAUCCAAAUCAAACGUUGGACGAUACAAAUGAUGAAAAUGCGGCGAAAGAAACGUCACUGAACGAUGAAUCUCCAGAUUUUGAUGAUAUUCCAGUGUCAAAAAUAUCGGUGAAAAGUUUGCAAGAGGAAGCUGCCAAAAAAGAUGGCGAAGUUGAAAGUGAACAAACUGACAUUGAAUCAUCGACGCCAAAGAGUAAACGGCGUUCAAGCGGUGGUAAUCGGUCGGGUGGCGGCCGAAGUAGAAAGAAAAGUUCGGUUAGUCGUAGUGGUAAAAAACCGGCUCGAAGUCGAGCACGAGUUAUUGUUGAAUCGGAUGGCGAAGGUGAUGACUUGGUUACAACACCACCGCCAUCACCACCACCAGAUGCCGAAUUGGACAGUUCAAAGAGACGAUCAGCACGAAACACUCAACGUAAAAAGUACAUUGAUGAUGUUAUGCUUAGCAUUUCCGACGAUGAAUCGGACAUCAUUUCGCCGACCAAAAAUAAAGAAAAGAAAUCAAGUGUCGACAAAACAGCAGAAGGAACUGAUGCUAGUGAUGGAACAACAAUUGCUGAAAUCAAAGAAGGUGCAGACGCUAAAGAAGGAACAAGCACCGAAGAAGUUCCUGAAAAAGUCGAACCAAUCAUUGAACCGAAUAAACCAAACUAUGUUUAUGUUAAUACAGCCGAAGAAGAUUCAAUGGUUGUUCAAUUUGUGUUGUGUUGGCGUAAAGGUAAACGUGAAUUAAUACCGGAUCCACCACCAAAACCGGUUGAAGAAAUCAAGAAGGAAGAGCCUGCAAGUGUUGAUGAAACGAAUGAAUCGGAAGCACCAAAAGUCGAAGAUGGUGAUGAAAAACCAGUCGAGGACAGUGAAACCGAUGUAAAGGCCGAAGUGAAAACCGAAACUGAAAAUGAAACUGAAGGAUCUGAUGGUGCUGCAAAAUCAGAAACAGAAACAGAAACAGAAGAUAAGGAACAAGACGAAAAAGUUCCAGAAGAAGAAGAAAAAGAAAGUGAAAAGAAAACAGAUGAAGCAAAUGCUGAAGGUGAAUUAAAGGUGGCUAGUGAAACGCAAGAUUCUGAAAAGGUUGAAGUUGAAAAACCAUUGGAAGAAGAAGAACAACAACAACCAAUGGAAACUGAAGAACAAUCUGAAGCGAAGCCAGAAGAGAAAGACGAGACAGAAGAAAUAAAAAUGGAAGUUGACGAAGAAAUGGCGCCAACCGAACAAAAUGAAGAGGCCGCUAGAACCGAAUGUGAAAGUGAACCAGCGGUUAAAGAUGAUGAUAAUGUUGCCGAAAAGGAGGUUUCAACCGAAAAGAGUGAAGAACAACCAAUGGAAACCGAUGGAGCCGAAACUAAAGAAGAAACAGUUAAGACGGAAGAUGCAGAAGAAGAAACCACCGACGAUGAGAAAAAAGAAACAAAAACAGAAACUGAAGCUGAAGCUAAAACCGAAGAAGGUGAAGAGCAAAAACCAGAGCCAGUGUUCAUUGAGGUCGAUGAAUACUACGUGAAAUACCGAAAUUUCUCGUACUUGCACUGUGAAUGGCGCACCGAAGAAGAACUGUUGAAAGGUGAUCGUCGUGUUAGUGCAAAAAUUCGUCGUUUCCAAGUGAAACAAUCACAACAAUUGAACAUCUUUGAGAGUCUUGAAGACGAACCGUUCAAUCCCGAUUUUGUUGAAACGGAUCGUGUGUUGGAUAUAUCAGUGCAUGAAGAUCCAGUAACUGGUAAAAAGACAAGAAAUUUCUUGGUGAAAUGGAAAUCACUGCCUUAUGAAGAUUGUACGUGGGAAUUGGAGGACGAUGUUGAAGAGAAGAAAAUCGAAGAAUAUUACCGAUUCAAUAAAGUUCCACCAAAAGAUAAAUGGAAGCCAAAGCGUCGUCCGUCGCCCGAUAUGUGGCGUAAAUUGGAUGAAUCUCCAAUUUAUAAAAACAACAAUACACUGCGUCCAUAUCAAUUGGAAGGUUUGAAUUGGUUGAAAUUCUCUUGGUACAACAGCCACAACUGUAUUCUAGCCGAUGAGAUGGGAUUGGGAAAAACCAUCCAAAGUUUAACGUUUGUGCAUUCAUGCUACACGUAUGGUAUUCGCGGUCCAUUUUUAGUAAUUGCUCCAUUGUCAACGAUCCCAAAUUGGCAACGAGAAUUCGAAGGUUGGACGGAUAUGAAUGUCAUUGUUUAUCAUGGUUCGACGACAAGCAAACAAAUGAUCGGUGAAUACGAAUUUUAUUAUAAAACUGAAAGCGGAAAAACGAUUAAAGAUAUGAAUAAAUUCAAUGUAUUGAUUACAACAUUUGAAAUUAUUGUAUCUGAUUACAAUGAUUUGCGUAAUUUCAAUUGGCGUGUGUGUGUCAUUGACGAGGCACAUCGUUUGAAAAAUCGUAAUUGUAAACUGCUAGAAGGUUUGCGUCAAUUAAAUUUGGAACAUCGUGUACUUUUGUCGGGAACACCACUGCAAAACAAUGUCAAUGAAUUGUUUUCGCUGCUCAAUUUCUUGGAACCGUCACAAUUUUCGUGCAGCGAAUCAUUCUGCAAUGAAUUUGGCAGUUUGAAAACUGAAGAUGAAGUUAAAAAGCUGCAAGCAUUGUUGAAACCAAUGAUGUUGCGUCGAUUGAAAGACGACGUUGAAAAAUCAUUGGCCCCAAAAACCGAAACCAUUGUCGAAGUUGAAUUGACAAACAUUCAAAAGAAAUACUAUCGUGGUAUUUUGGAGCAGAAUUUUUCAUUUUUGAAAAAAGGUACGACCGCACAAAAUCUUCCAAAUCUCAUGAAUACAAUGAUGGAAUUACGAAAAUGUUGUAUUCAUCCAUACUUGCUGAACGGAGCCGAAGAACAAAUUCAAUACGAAGCACAUGGCGAUGAUCCAGAUGCAUAUUAUAAAAAUUUGAUUCUAUCUGCCGGUAAAAUGGUAUUGCUCGACAAAUUGCUGCCGAAAUUGAAAGCAAACGGUCAUCGUGUGUUGAUUUUCAGUCAAAUGGUUCGAUGCUUGGAUAUUCUUGAAGAUUAUCUUAUUUACAAAAAGUAUCCAUUUGAACGUAUCGAUGGUCGAAUUCGUGGUAAUCUGCGUCAAGCUGCCAUCGAUCGUUAUUCGAAACCCGAUUCGGAUCGAUUUGUUUUCCUAUUGUGUACAAAAGCUGGUGGUUUAGGUAUUAAUUUAACCGCAGCCGAUACCGUUAUCAUUUAUGACAGUGAUUGGAAUCCACAGAACGAUUUGCAAGCUCAAGCUCGUUGCCAUCGUAUUGGUCAACAAAAAUUGGUGAAAAUCUAUCGUUUAUUGUGCCGUAACACUUAUGAACGUGAGAUGUUCGAUAAGGCAUCGAUGAAACUUGGUUUGGACAAAGCCUUAUUGCAAAGUAUGAACAGUAAUCUGAGCAAUGACAAAAAUGCCAGUGUUGGACGACAAUUGACGAAAAAAGAAAUCGAAGAUUUAUUGAAACGUGGUGCUUACGGUGCUGUUAUGGACGAUGACAAUGCCGCUGAUAAAUUCUGUGAAGAAGAUAUUGAUUCGAUUUUGAUGCGACGCACCCAGGUCAUUACAAUGGAAAGUGAAAAAGGAUCAACAUUCUCGAAAGCAACAUUCGCUGCAUCGGGCAAUCGUGCUGAUAUUGGCAUUGAUGAUCCAGACUUUUGGAACAAAUGGGCCAAGAAAGCUGAAUUCGAUCCCGAUGCCAUGGAGCGUGACGAACAAGAAGACUUGGUACUAUCUGAACCGCGUCGUCGUACACAAAUCAAACGGUACGGUCAUGACGAAGGCGUUCUUGACGGCAUUUCCGAUGAAUCACAAAAUUCUGAAACGGACGAAGAAGGCGGCAUUGGAUUGCGAAGGAAAAACGAAGAGAGGCAACGUCGAAAGGAAAGACGAAGACGCAUGAAACAAAUCGAAGAUUAUAUACCAUCACGUGAACGUAAUACCGAAAUAUUACCAAUGCCAUGUCAAACCGAAGAUGUGUCGUACGGCAAUUGGGCACGAACCGAAUGCUUCAAAAUCGAAAAAGGACUAUUGUCAUUUGGAUGGGGUCGUUGGACAGAAAUUUUGGCACAAGGCCAAUUCAAACGUGGUUGGCAAGAGUCCGACAUUGAAAACUGCGCCAGAAUCAUUCUGCUGUACUGUUUGUCAGUAUAUCGUGGUGACGAGAAGAUCAAGAAUUUCAUUUGGGAUUUAAUAUCGCCCAAUGAGUCUGGUGAAGCCAACAUUAUCAGCCGUAAUCACAGUGGUUUGCAUAAUCUGGUGCCACGUGGUCGCAACGCAAAAGGACGUAAAGGUGGUAAAGGCAUAAAGGAAGGUCCUCAAACUCCUUGCACAUCAGCAACAGCAUCAACAUCAGGCACAUCAACUCCAUCAGCUCCGUCGACACCAAAUCCAUCAACAUCGUCGCAAGAAAAACCAAUCGAAAUACCGAAGAUUGAAGCUCCUCCCACACCAGAUGUGGUGAUUACCAGUGGUGUGCCAACAUUGAACGAUCCAAACCACUGGAGCAAAGAUGAGAAAUUCGAUUCGGAGGCCUUUUUAGAGGCACCAUAUAAAAAGCACUUGGGACGACACGCCAACAAGGUUUUACUUAGAGUACGCAUGCUGUACUAUAUUAAACAUGAAGUUAUUGGCGAUUGUGUUAAACAGAUUCUUGACGGUGUUAGUGUUGCUGAUAUCCCAGUAAAUCCACCACCAACAAAUGAUCCAGCACCAACAAAUUGGUGGGUACCAAAAUGUUGUGACAAAAGUCUUUUGAUUGGUACAUUCAAACAUGGCUGUGAAAGCUACUACCCAAUGCGUUGCGAUCCAGCCCUUUGCUUUGUUUCUCACAUUGGACCAGAGGACAAACUUCCUGUACCAAUACUAACUGAAGAUGAUGCCGCAUCGAAACAUGAAAAUGAAGAUGAAGCCGAUGAAGAGUUAUCUGAUGCCAAGGAAAAAGACAAAGAAAAGGAGAAAGAGCCUGAAAAGGAAAAUGAAACUGAGCCAGAAAAAGAAAAAUCAGUUGAAGAUUCGCCAAGCAAAGAAUCACCAAAAGAUGCUGCAGCAGAACCAAUGGAAAUUGGCGAAAGUAAACCAGCCGAUGCGGUUGAAACAGAAAGACCAAGUUCGUCAGGUGUUGAUGAUGAGGUUGAAAGCAAUCUAGGUGCUCCUCCAAGUGUGGCUGGCAGUGUGACUGGUGCACCCGUCGAAGAUAGCCUGAUUUGGCCAUCGAUGCAAGAUCUAAACACUCGUUUACGUCGUGUCAUUACAUCAUAUCAGCGCAACUACAAGAAGGAAGAACUGAAGCAACAACAAAAGGCCAAGCUUCAAGCGCUGGUAACAAUACCACAACAGCCAAUUCAAGGGCUACAGACGCAAACGAAGUUAGUGAAUACCACGGCGCAAUCGAUUCCACCAAUUGUGCCGUCGACCAGUCAACAAACGACGCAACGACCGGUUGUCGGUCAAUUAUCACACCAACAACAACAACAACAAACCCAAAUGCAACAACAAGAACCGUCUGCAGCCGAAAUAAAUUUAAUGCUGAAUAGUCUGGGCUUAGGUCUACCGCCCAACGAAACCUUGCAAUUGGCCAAUUGGGAUCUCAAGAAAUUGGCCAUGUACUUGAAAAUGGAAAAACGCGAAAAAAUCGAGCAGGCUGUCAAGGAGCGUGAGCGCGUUCGUCUUGAUGCAAUUCCAAAGAAAUGGAAUAAACGUGAAGAGUAUGAAUUCUUGCGUGUGCUAACUGGUUAUGGUGUUGAUUUGCAAAAUGGUGUCGCCAUUCCAACACCCGAUUGGUCACGUUUUAGAGCCAUUGCAAAGUUAGAUCGAAAGAGUGACGAAGCGCUUAGCGAUUACUACAAAGUAUUUAUUGCAAUGUGCAAACGACAAGCCAACGUUCGUUUGACCGAAGAAGAAAAAGGUUUGGAAGGCAUCAUCGAAGACAUUAGCGAAGAUCAUGCUCGAUUGAUCUUAGAUCGCUUGGAAUUGCUAUCGAAAUUAAAGGAAGUUGGCAAAACCGCACUCAACGAUGAACGUUUGAGUUUGUGUCAAAACAAUUUGGACACACCCGAUUGGUGGGAGUCUGGUAAACAUGAUCGUGAAUUGGUUCGCGCAGUUAUGAAACAUGGUCUUUAUCAAUCACAACAAAAUAUUUUCAUCGAUCCAGAGUUUAGUUUUGCAGCGUCUGAACGCGCUUAUCUUGAAAUGCUUGAAAAACAAUGGAUUUUGACACAACAAGCUGAAGCAGCCAAAUUAUUGGCCAAACCGGAACCGAUUAAAGUUGAACCAACUCCACUACCACAAGAACCAGCGGUAGUUGCUGAGAGCGAGAGUGUUAAAGCCGAGACUGAAGUUGAAGAGGUCAAAGUUGAAACUCCCAAGGAAAUUGAAUCAAGUGAAGAAAAAGAAACUGAAAAAGAGCAAAUUGAAGAAACCAAACCGGAGCCAGUCACUGAAAGCGAAAAAAUGGUCGAAGCUGAGAAAUCAGUUGAAGAUGAACCAAGUGCCGAAAAGGCUGACAUUGAAAUGAGCUCUGUUGAUUCUGAAAAACCAAGCGAAUCGGCCGAAGAAACGCCUAAAGUGGAUGAAGCUAAUACUGAGGUUAAAUCACCAGUCGCACAAGAACCAGAGGCUGAAAAGCCAGAAGAAACAGCACAAGAAGAUAUGGAAUCAAUUUCAGAGGAAAAACCAGCUGAGAGUGAAACCACCGAAGAAGUCGCUGAGGUAAAAUCACCAAAAGCAGAAGAACAACAUGAAAAAGAAGAGAAAGAAGAUACUGAUGACAGUGAACAAAUGGACACUUCUGACAUUGAGACACCAAAAUCGCCAGAAAAGCCAGCAGUUGAAAGCGAACCAGCUGAAGAAAAAGAGGCCGAAGCUCCAAAAUCUCCUCUGGAACAAGAAGAAAAAUCAGAACCAACAGAAAAUGUUGAAACUAAUGACGUUGAAAUGGCUGAGGAAGCCACCGAAAACGACAAAGUUGAAGAAGAAUCUCCAAAAGGUGAUGACGAAUGUGUUAAACCAGCGUCACCAAAACCGGUCGCAGAAGAAGAACAAGAAAAAUCUGAAACGGUUGAAAAGGAAUCAUGCGAAAAAGAAGAGAGUGUUUCUAGAACAACCGAAACCACAGUUGAGGAAGAAAAACCUGUAGAAAGCGAGGCUAAAUCGCCGAAAACACAAGAGUCGACUGAAACUGAAAAUGAAUCUGAAGAGCAAAAGAAAGUUCCAGAAGAAACUACUGCCGCAGAAAUUGCUGAGCCAAAAUCACCAAAAGAAGCAGAAAAAGAGCAAUCCGUUGCCGAAAAAGAGGAAAUAGUUGCGAUUGAAGAAAUUAAAACCGAAAAAGAAACUGAAAGUGAACCAAUUGAAAAGGAAGAACCAAAGGUCGAAUCAGUUGAAGAUGUGAAGCCAGUGUUGAGCCCAGUCAAAGUCGAAGAGAAGAAAGAACAAGAAGAAAAUUGCGUUACUAUCAUCGAUGAUGAUGACGAUGUAAUGAUUGUGGGCAAAGGUGAUCCAGACGAUGAUGAGGUCAUGCAUGAAAAAGAAAAGGCUUCUAUCGAAAAGCAAAAUCAACAAUUGGCAGCACUAUUGCAACAGACUCGAUUGAAGUUCGAAAAUCCAGUUAAAGUUCGUUGGUUCCACGAUUUUGCGUUGGAAAAACGUGUUUCACAUAUUGUUCAUUGCAUUGAGCAUUCGGAAUGGCCGGUUAAUAAAUCGUAUUCAGCUUAUGCUGGUUGCCAAGGCAUCAAUUUAGAUGUUCCAUUGCAUGAAACAGUCAAACACAUGCCACCAACUAUUGAUUUGGUUGGUCGAUCAACUCCAGAUCUUUUAUCGAUUUCGGGAGAUUUGACAUCGUCAAAGAAACUGCAAUCAACACCAAUAUUACCAAUGCCAUCAGCGCAGAAGACGCAAUAUCCGAACAUGCAAAUGCCAACAAUGCCAACAAGUGGUAAAAAACGCAAGCGACACAUUGCCAUCGAUGUCGAAACGGAACGCGCUAAAUUACAUGCACUUUUGAAUAGUUCACAAGAUAUGCCGUCACCACAAACACCAAUUCAAAAUAAGCAAAUAAAUUGGCCAACAGAAGACGAUCAACAACAAAAGACCUCUAAACGAUCAUUGUCGUCCAUGCAACCACCACCAGCUCAUCAACACCAAUCACAUAUGUCGCGAUCCGGUUCAAAUCAACAACAACAACAGCAACAGCAGCAAAAACAACAACAACAAGCGGCCAAUUACAGUACAAAAUCAACCCUAAUUCCUGGCACUUCAAGCACAUUGACACCAAUUGAUCUAUCAUCAAGCUUGGCAAAACCAAUGAAAGACUUUUCUAAAUCGAGUCCAAUUGAUUUGAGUGAAGUGCAAGAUUUUUCUGUGUCAAAGAAAUCGUCGAUUUCAUCGCCAUUUGGUGGAAAAGGAAAACUUGAUGACAUGUUGACUAAAUUGAUGAAAAAGAACAAUUAUCCAACACCAACCGAAGAGCCACCAGUGACAAGUGGAAAAGAGAAACGCAAGCGAAAACUUGACGAAAUUGUUUUUGGUUUAUCAGCUGCCAAGGAGCAGAAAACAUUUAGCGACCCAUUGCUUUCGUCACCGUCAUCGAAGAAAACACAAAUUCCACCAUCAGUGUCGGUGACACCAGCAACUGGUCCAUCUUCAUUGAGCAGCCAAUCGUCAUCGUCACAGAAACCAUUCAGUGUUACUGUGACCAGUGUUCCAGGUUCAAAUACAAGAUCAUCCAAAAAUUCAAAUCAAAGCAAUAGUGGUCUUGCUGCCUUGCAAAUGAUGAUGGGAGCCACUGGAUCAAGCUCAAAUACACGUGGUAGUAAUAAUAGUAGUAGUUCAAAUUCUAAUCCAUUCGCGAUGCAAGGUGCCACAGCCAAAGAUAUUUUGGCACAGUCACAAGCAUUUUUCAAAGAACAACAGAAAUUACUGCAGGCACUACCACCAAACUCUGUUCAACGCAAAACAUACGAGGCUAUUUUGAACGAAAUGAAACAAGCCGCUGAACAAAAUGCAAAAUAUGCUGCAGCUCAAGAGGCGAAAGCAAAUCGAAGCAUGGAACAUGAAUCAAAACGACAUACAGACACAUCGCAUUCACAAUCGGCAAGUGAUUUCCGUCGUUCGACACGUCAACAGACACAAUCAGUUGGACAACAAUCAUCGCAGCAGAUGAGCUCACAAAAUGCCAGCCAUCAAACUGCAUUGAGUCAUCAGGCGGCCAUAAAUGCAAUGAAAAAUUUGACCGGUGAAGAGAAUGUGGCUGUUAUCAAUAAGCUCACUGGUAAACGAAUAAGCGGCAGCAAAGCACCUCAAUUGAAACGUUUGAGUCAAUGGCUUACCGAAAAUCCAGCCUAUGAAAUCGAUCCGAAAUGGAUUGAAUUGCUACAGGCAACAACAGCUUCAAUGUCAAAGGCCAGUGAUAGUCUGUCGAUGAGCAUGUCUUCUUCUUCGUCAAAACAACAAUCACAACAGCAACAGCAACAACAGCAGCAGCAACAACAACAACAACAGCAGCAGCAACAGCAUAGCUCUUCAUCAAGUACAUCAAAUCAACAUGGUUCAAAUUAUUCAAGUCAGUCACAAUCGCAAGCGUCAUCAUCGAAGAAGGGCCGACAAAGUGCACUGGAUGCAGCAACAGCAGCUCAAAUUCAACAAUUAACUAGUCUUGGCCUAAAUCCAAGCCUGUUGUCAAGUUUAUCGCUUGGCGGUUUUGAUCCGAAAAAUCCAUUACUUUCAAUGCCAUUUGCAGCUGGCUUGCCAAAUCUAGCUGGCAUGAGUGGAUUGGGUAACUUGAACAAUUUGAACAUGAAUAUGCUCGCCAAUUUAGCUGGACUAGGUGGUUUCGGUGGAUUAGAUCCACAAAAUUUAGCCGCUAUGGCAGCAAUGGCUGGAUCAAAUUUGGGAAAUCUUAAUCUUGCUAAUUUGGCCAAUUUAACCAAAUCGAGCACAAACCAACAAUCGUCGUCGUCAUCUAGCAAAGAGCGAAAAUCGACAUCAACAUCGUCACAAUCGCAAUCACAACAAUCGAGCUCAUCAUCGAAUCAACAACAAUCGUCCAAAUCGUCAACAAGUGGACGAUAUUCAAUGGAUGCUAAUAAUCCAUUCUUGUUCCCAAAUCCAUUGGGUUACACACCAAUGGGCUUGGCCGGUUUGAAUCCAUAUUCGUCGUCAAGUUCAAAUAUGUCCGUAUACGAUCAAUUGGCUCAACAAUAUAAUUUAUUGAAUGGAAUCUCGACGGCCGGUACAUCGAAUACAAAUACACCAUCAACCAGUACAAGUUCGGCACGUCAACAAUCGUCGAGUAAAUCAUCGACCACAUCUCGAAUGAGUUCAAGUGCAUUGCCAACCAGUCAAACACAACAAUCGCCGUCGAGCCGAGGUCGCAGCAGUUCAUCAACUGCAAGCCAACUCAGCCGUGAAGCGGCUCAAAUACAAAGUUUGCUUGGACUACCACAAGAUCCGCAAUUCUUGGAAACGUUAUCACGUGUUGGUUUUGAUCUUUCUGCUUUGACUGGUGGACGUAGUUCGUCAUCAAAUACUUCAAGUAAAAGUCAACAACAGCAACAACAGCAGCAGCAGCAGCAGCAGCAACAGCAACAACAACAGCAGCAAGCCAAACAAGAUCGCCAAGAUCGACAAGAUCGACAAGAUCGCCAAGAGCGUCAAGAUCGUCAAGAUCGUCAAGACCGUCAAGAUCGUCAAGAUCGAAAUGACAAAGCGGAAAAAGAACGCCGCAAAUUAAUGGAAACAUUAAGCCGAAGUGGUUUACCACCAGAGCUAGCAGCAAUGCAAGCUUAUGCCAGUAAAUUACCGGGUGCAUCAUCGUUGUCAUCAAGCUCAAAGGCAUACAAAGAUGCUGGAUUGAUUCCGCCCGAUUUUAGUCAAGCAUUGUUUGCUGAAAUGGCCGCACAAAUGGCUGCUGCCCAAAGCGGUAGUUCCACAUCGAAACGUCAACGUGAACAAAGAGAGCAACGUGAUCAUCGUGAACAGCAGCGCGAACAAAGAGACAAACAACGUGACCGCGAACAAGAAAUGAAAGAUACAUUUGAACAAUUGAAUAAACAACAAGUGGAAAUGUUUGCACGUAAUUUGGGAAUGGGUCCGGGUAUUUCGUUGAUUCCAACGUCAUCGGCAGCAUCAUCGAUGUACAGCAGCAUUUUGGACGAACCAAAAUCAAAACGUUCCCGAAUGUCAUCCUCGUCACAACAAUCAAAUCGUGAUAGUUUGGCCAGUUUAAUGGCAGCCGCUGUUGCUGAUGAAAAACAAUUGAGAGCUCUAACGAGAAGCAGCCGUUCGAGCACAUCAACAACUAGCAUAAAUGCUGGCACAUCGAAUGAAACCACCAUUGAAAAGGUCACAUUGUCACCAGUUGCAGCCGCAAGCAUUGCUGGCCUUCCACCACAAACAUCGAUUACUAUUGCUCCAUCACCAUCAUCACAACAACAUGAUAAGCAAUCUGUGAGCAUGUCACCACUGCCAAGCCCUGCCAAGUCGUCAGAUAGUUCUCCAUCAACAAGACAACAUCAGCCCGAAACACGCGAACGUGACAGAGAUCGUGAACGUGAGCGCGAACGAGAAAGAGAACGUGACAGGGAAAUUGAGCGUGAACAUCGUGAAAGUCGCGAAAGAACACCAUCUAAACAGACAUCGAGCUCAAACCAACAAGAACAGGAGCAAUCAAACCAAGAGAUGGAUCUUGAAGAUUUAAUUGCACCAUCAAAGGUGUCCAAGAAUGGUGGACAAUCAACACCAUCAACGCCAAUCAAUACCACGGCACCAUCGAAUACGUCGCGUGACAGUGAAUCUUCAUUUAAUGCCGACAAAGAGGACAAAGAGAGUGAAUCAAAAUCGAAUGAAGCAAAAUCGUCCGAACAUCAAGAUGAUACCUCGGGUCGUGUUGGUCGACGAACACGUAGCAAACGACCACGAUCGGGUGAAGAUUUUCAAGAAUUAGUUUUGCCCGAACGCAAGCGUGAAUUACGAUCAUCGGCAAGCCGAUUGGCAGCUGCUGCAGCUGCACGACAUGCUGCCGAAGAGGCGGCCGCCAAAAUGGCCAACGAAUCACAAAACAACUAAAAAAUAAAACCUUCAAUUUUUUGUACAUUGACAAAAACUACAACAAAAUUUAAAUGUGAAGGAAAACUAAACAAAUCUAUGCGAAUAUUUAUUUAAUAUUAAAUUAUAUCCAAUGUUAUAUAAAAUAUUGCAAAAUCUGAAACGAUAUGACAUACGAAAGAAGCAAAAAACAAAAAAAAAA